AUGCGGUUUGUCCAGUUUGAGAGGGGCGGAGUGCGACAGGUAGGGGUGGAGGUUUGCGAUGGCGGGGACAUCGUGGAUUUGUGUGCAGGAGAUUCUAAAAUUCCAUCAGACAUGCGAAGUUUUAUUGAAGGUGGUCAAAAGAGCUUACUUGCUGCAAAAAGUGUCGUCGACAGAGGCGGAUCAAUUAUUCCCAGGGAUUCUGUCACAAUAGCAGCUCCGAUCUAUAACCCAGACAAGGUGCUGUGUGUAGGGAUGAAUUAUAAGGACCACUGUGAGGAACAGAACGCACCUGUUCCUGUAGAGCCUGUAAUCUUCAACAAAUUCCCGAGCUGCAUCAUAGGUCCCACGGACGACUUGGUGUAUCCCUCAGAGACAAAGAAAUUGGACUGGGAAGUAGAACUGACAAUUGUUAUUGGGAAAGACGCCAAACGGGUUCAGGAAAGUGAUGCGAUGAAUUACGUGUUUGGUUAUACUGUUGCACAUGACGUAAGUGCACGGGACUGGCAGCUAGAUCCUGGGAAGAAUGGUGGGCAGUGGGUGAUAGGAAAAGCCAUGGAUGGGUUCUGUCCACUGGGACCCGCCAUAGUUAUGAAGGAGGACAUAGUUGAUCCUCACAAUCUGGGUCUACGCUGUAAAGUGAACGGCGUCACCAAACAAGACAGCAACACUAAUCAGCUCAUUCACAAAACGGCAGCAAUGGUCGCAUUCAUAUCCAGGUUCAUGACGCUGAAACCAGGAGACCUGAUUUUGACAGGUACUCCGCCAGGUGUCGGGGUGUUUGGAAAACCACCGGAAUACCUACAGAUUCCUCGACCCAUCGAAUGAUUCGAGUGUCGACUUUAGAAUCCUCGCGUACCGUGACCCUCUCUUUGUCACCAGAGUGCAGUGCAUCGUGGACGCCUAGGUUGUGCUCGUUCAACAUUGCUUGCGUUUUGUACUUUCCACCGAAUUUUGCUUGAGUUUGUUCGACAACGUAUGUAUUGACACUAGGAAUGAUUUCGGAGUCCUCUCGAAACAACUCUUUACCUAUGUUAUCCGGAAGUCGAUAUGAAAACCUGACCUUCUUUUCUUCAAUGGAGGCUGAUGACUUGUGACCUCCACUUAAGGGUCUUGUGUUGGAGGAUGUCGGGGGUCGUGGGGAAACCGCUCGUUGCUGAACAGAGUUAGGUGUUCUCGGACGGGCGUGCAGUUUGGAGGAUACAGAUAUUCUUGGCGCUAAAGGAACACCAUGAGUGAUAUUUGGUCGACCAUGAACAUCCAGCUGAAGCGGCACACGCCGGAUGAUGUAGUCUGAUUCACGAACAGUACUGUUUGGCGCUAAAUAAUUGUUUUGGCUGUUCAUUUUCAAACGUCUUUUAAACAAUUGUAAUGAAGUGUGAAUUUGAGCUUGUCUUUGAGCUGCCUCAGUUCUGCGUAAUAUUAAUGGAACAGAUUUAUGAAGUCCGGAGGAAGAUUUAAUGGCAUUACCACGCACUUCGUAUCCGGGGUUUUGGUUUCCUGGUACGUAACCGUUUGUGUCCUCCAUCCUGAACCUGACUGUUUUAGCACUAGCUGUCCUUGGGUCACUCUGUGGCAUGACGUCAUCCCUGUGAGAAAUAUCCCCUAUAUCCAGCGCUGGAAAUUGAUGUGCUCCUCUACCACGUGACUCUUUUAACAUUUUCAAAUGAAUUCUUUUCACUUUA